AUGGCGCCUCUAAAGAUAUUUCUUACUGGAGCAACUGGAUACAUCGGAGGUGAUGUGCUCUAUGCAGUAUCCCAAGCCCACCCCGACUGGCAAGUUUCUGUCCUCGUCCGCAACAAGGACAAGGCGGCCAAGUUGUCUAGCGAAUACCCUAACGCGAGAGUUGCCCUGGGAGACUUGGACUCUUCCACUAUAAUUGAGGAGGAGACUAAGAACGCAAAUAUUGUAUUCCACUGCGCUGAUUGUGAUCAUGUCGCGUCUGCUGUUGCUAUCGCCAAAGGUGCAGCCCACCACACUGCUCAAAAUCCCUUGUGGUUGAUCCACACAUCGGGAACUGGUAUCUUGACAGUUGAGGAUUUCCGUACAAACACAUGGGGAUUUGAAAGGGCCAAGCAGCAUGACGACUGGGAAGGUGUUGACGAAUUGUUGAACCUCCCCGAAGACGCUCUACACCGAAACGUGGACAAGAUUAUUAUCGAGGCUGGGCAACGUUCACCCGAUAGUGUCAAGGUGGCCGUCGUUUGCCCUCCUACGAUUUACGGCCCCGGACGCGGACCCGGAAACCAGAAGAGUGUCCAGGCAUACUGGCUUACUGCUGCCGUCCUGAAGAGGAAGAAGGGUUUCCUAGUUGGUGAAGGAAAGAACGUCUGGCAUCAGGUCCACGUUCAGGACUUGGGCGACCUCUACCGCCUCUUGGGAGAUGCAGCAGCUGCUGGGGGUGGCAAGGCCACCUGGAAUAACAAGGGGUACUACUUGGCUGAGAACGGCGCCUUCGUUUGGGGAGAUGUUCAAAGAGCUGUUGCUAAGGCAGCCUAUGAGAAGAAACUCAUCCCUUCGGCCGAGGUUGAGCCCAUCAGUGAUGCGCAGGUGGCGGAGCUGAAUGAGUUUGGGCUCUAUGCUUGGGGAAGCAGCUCAAGGGGCUGGUCAUACCGCGGAAAGAAGCUCCUGGGUUGGUCGCCUCGACGGCCUAGUUUGCUGGGGCUCAUUCCAUCGAUUGUCGAUAUUGAAGCCAAGGACCUAGGGUUGGCCUGA